AAAAGAUCUGGCAUGCGAUGAACCUGAUGAUUUUAGGAACUAUUUAAGAAUGGAUGUCUCGACUUUUAACGAACUGCUCAAGAUGGUAACACCGUAUUUGCAGAAACAAAACACCAGAAUGAGAAAUUGUAUAACAGCCGAGGAGCGCCUUACAGUAACAUUGCGGUUUUUAGCUACGGGUAGAAGUUAUGAGUGUCUUAAAUUUAGCUAUGGUAUAUCUCCGCAAAGCCUGGGUCGUAUCAUCCCAGAAACAUGUGCAGUAAUUUUUAACGUAUUAAAGAAUAACUUCUUCAAAUUCCCUACAUCUGAGCGUGAAUGGUUGGACAUAGGCAAAAUGUUCGAUGAGAGAUGGCAGUUCCCCAAUUGCGGAGGUGCAAUUGAUGGGAAACACAUAAGAAUUACAUGCCCCGCUGAUACUGGAGCACUGUAUUACAAUUAUAAAAAUUUUUACUGCGUAGUUCUCAUGGCUAUAGUUAAUGCCAAUUAUGAAUUUAUAUUCGCAGAUGUAGGAAAAAAUGGAAGGAAUUCAGAUGGAGGAGUAUUUGAAUACACUUCAUUUUGGCGGAUGCUAACAAAUGACGGGCUUCAUAUCCCUGAACGUGAAGAUAAUGUUGAAAAAAUGAAUUACGUUUUUUUGGCUGAUGAUGCUUUUCCCGCACAUGAACACAUCUUAAAACGUUUCAGUCAGGAUGAAAGUGUUUCUAAUGUUAUGAAUGAAAGAUAUAAUUCUCGCCAUUCUAGAGCGCGUAAUGUCGUCGAAAAUGCGUUCGGCAUUAUAAAUUCUAGAUUUCGAGUACUGAAUUCACCAAUGAAUAUUAAAGUGGAAAACGUAAACAAAGUUGUUUUAGCGAUUUGUGCAUUACACAAUUAUUUGUGUCGCCAAAGCAAAUUUUACUUAUCACCACAGACUGUCGAUAGCAUCGACAAGCGAACUGGCGAAAUCCGACACACUGCCGAAUGGAGGUACGAAGAAAACGUGCCUCAAUUGGUCGAAUUACAAAAUGUUAAUCGUGGUCGUCCGCCUUUACUUCCAAGAGAAAAUAGAGAUCGAUAUGUUUCUUAUUUCAGUAAUAAAGGAAGGAAGGUUACCUUGGCAAAAUUAAAAAAAUCGUCCAUUUGAAAAUUUAAAAAACAUAUACGGGGUGUUUGUGGGCCUUUGCUGACAAAUUAAAGGCGUAAAACUAUAAUAUUUUUUGGUAAACUUGGUUAUUAUAUUUUUAUUUUGCAGUUAUCUAACCAGGAAGGACAACGGUGAUUACACAACACCCUGUAUAAUAGUAGGUACUUAAGUAGAUAAUAACCUUUUGU